AUGUCAAGUACUGAUGAAGACUUAUUGGUGUUGUUGUUAUUAAACAACAACAACAAUAAUAAUGAUAGUCAAAAACGUAAACGCAAGUAUUGGGUGCAUCCAUACUUAAAGAAAAACGCAGACACUCUAGGAACUUUUUCUGUUGCAAAAGAGCUUUCUCUAUAUCCUGAAAAAUUUCAAACUUUUUAUAGAAUGACACAGAAAUCAUUUGAAAUCUUAUCAGAGUUAGUGCGGCCUAUGUUACAUAAAAAAGAUACUCACUUCAGAAAAGCCAUUACUGUGGAAGAACGGUUAUUGAUUACAUUGAGAUACCUUGCAAUGGGAGGUAACGUUAAAGCACACUCCAUGUAUUUUUUGAGAGGAGAGUCUACUACAAGGAAUAUCAUUGCAGAAACAACUAUAGCAAUUUGGGAAUGCCUAAAAGAAAAAUAUAUGCCGCCACCAACAAAAGAAAAAUGGGAAAAUGUUUCACAACGUUAUUUGGAUUUAUGGAAUAUACCCAUUUGCCUAGGUGCUAUAGAUGGUAAACAUUUUAAAAUUAAAUGUCCUCCAAAAACGGGAUCAGCUUUUUUCAACUACAAGCAAUAUUUUAGUAUUGUUUUAAUGGCAUGUGUAGAUGCUGAUGGACUUUUUUUGACCAUUGAUGUUGGUGAUUAUGGUAGGAAUAGUGAUGGUAGGGUGUUUAGAAGAAGUUCGUUAGGCAAAGCCAUUGAAAAUGAUUUGCUGGAUGCCCCUGACCCAAAGCCUUUACCUGGCUGGGACUCCAAGGGCCCUUUCCCACAUUUCUUUGUAGCAGAUGAAGCCUUCCCAUUGAAAAAAAACCUGAUGAGACCUUUUCCCAAAAGAUCAUUAAAUAAAACCAGAAGGAUUUUUAACUACAGGUGCUCGAGAGUCAGAAGAAGCGUAGAAUGCUCAUUUGGAAUGCUUGUUUCAAAAUUUAGAGUAUUUGAGCAACCUCUAGCUUGUAAGAUAAAAUCAUGUGAAUAUGUUAUUAAAGCAGCAUGUGUUCUGCAUAAUUUCAUACGUAUGCGAGAAGGUACGUUUUCUACACCAUCACAUCCUCAAUCAAUUGAUUCAAUGGGAGUACAAAAUAAUCAAGAACUACCACUUAUUCAAGUAGCAAGACCCACAAGAGUUGCAGAAAACAACAGAGAGUUAUUGUGUAGUUAUUUUAUAUCAAAUGAAGGUCAGGUACCUUGGCAAGAAAAUUUUUCUUAA